AUGAAUAGAACGACGUCACCAUGCAAAAUCACCGCUGGCAAAAUAGUGACUCUAUCUAUUGAAAGCUUUGCUACAAUACUUUAUUUACUAAUCGGCUCAAUCACUCUCGAUGACGUGUUCGAAUGUGUGCCACCAAUAUUCAUCAGCAUAACAUUCAGCUUUAAAAUAUUGGUCAUAAUGUUGAAUUCUGAGAAAGUAAAGACUUGUCUUAAUAUAAUACAAAAGGACUGGCAAUCAUUAAAUUCAGUAGAAAAGGAUAUGCUGGAACGGCAUAGUAAGUAUGGACAGCAUCUGGCCACAUUUUAUGCAGUUUUCAUGCAUACGACGGCGAGUCUUUUCGUGGUGAAACCAAUCAUGCUGACUCUGAUGGCGAAUGAUAUCAUCAAUAUAACGAAAUCUUCCAUACCAUUCGCGUCGAGAUUACCUUUUCGCGUGGAAUACGGUGACAGAUUCAAUCAAUAUAUAUAUCCAAUAGCAGUGCAUUGUUAUACUGCCGUCGUCGCUCAUUCGUUUGCUACAGUCGUGGCUGAUGCUUUGUAUUAUACUCUCAUUCAACAUGCUUGUGGAAUGUUCUCCAUUGUUGGAUUUGCGAAACAUAUUGAAUUCGUUUAUACAAAGAUAUUUCUAAUAAACCUUAACUUAAACAUGGUUAUUGGCAGUUUAUAUGGUAUACAAAUGUUGAUAAAUCUUGAGAAGAACGUAAAUGAUAUCAUCGCACCUAUUAGUAUGUAUAUUGGACAACUCAUUCAUUUGUUUCUUCAGUUCUGGCAAGGUCAAUUUCUACUGGAUUACAGCAUCCUUCCGUAUGAAUCUAUCUGCAGAGCAAAUUGGUAUUACACUUCACAAAGAUGUCAAAAACUUCUGCUCCUAAUGAUGUAUAGAACAUUAAUACCUUGCAGAAUAUCAGCUGGUAAAUUAAUGAUUCUUUCUAUCGAUAACUUUGCUAUGGUUGUGAAGACUUCCCUGUCUUACCUCACCGUGUUCCGUUCUAUGCAAUGAUGAUUUAGCGCAUUUAAAUAUUCACUCAGAAACCUCUUAAAUUAAAAUGUAUUUCUUUAACCCGAGAGUAGUCACUUUUAAUUUCUUUAUGUAAACAAUCGAGAUGUUUUAU